CUGGACUUUAGAGACAGAAACACAACAAGACAUUGGAAGGAAAGAAAGCGGCACAAAGAAAUCAGCCUGACAGAGGAGAAAACCCAUCUACAAGACACCAUGAAGACUCUGGCUCUGCUCUCCAUCUGUGCUCUUCUGUCAGUGUGCUGGUCCAUGGGAGCUGUAGAACCUGAGGUCAUCGUGGAUCCAGAAGCUGACACAGCUGCCGAUCCUGCAGUUGAUGCUCCCAAUCCUUCUUCCUCUUCCUCAUCUGAGUCUGAUUCAGCUUCAUCCUCUACAUCUGACUCUACAUCCAACUCUGCCUCUGAUUCAUCAUCACAGUCCUCCUCCUCUUCUGAGUCCUCUGAGUCCUCCUCUGCUGAAUCCUCAGAAUCAUCUGAAUCCUCAGAAUCAUCAGAAUCCUCAGAAUCCAACUCCUCAGCUUCUGACUCCUCAGCAUCUGACUCCUCAGCUUCUGACUCCUCAGCAUCGGACUCUGCUGCAUCUUCAUCUUCCUCUUCUUCAUCCUCCUCAGAGUCUGUCAGUGCUGAAGAUUCCCAUGUGGUUAUGAAGAGAGACCUGGCCUCUAUUCUUCUGAGGAGAGAAAGAGCUGUCCAAGGCCAGCUCAGCCCUCUGCAGCUGGAAAGCCUGCAAGAAGUGUGUGAGCUGAAUGUUGCUUGCGAUGAUAUGGCUGACACCGAGGGUAUCGUCGCAGCAUACACCGCCUACUAUGGGCCCAUCCCUUUCUAAAUUAAACACCCCUUCUCCUUUGGACAUUUUUUAGUGCCUUCUGGUAGAAAUAACACAGAAACAACUCCCUUAGAUAUGGGAAAGAAGG